ACUAUGUAGUCUACAGUUUCCUUUUUAAAACUACAUGAUGUAGUUCUAAGUUGGUUUAAAAUAACUUUACUAAUACUCAUAUAAUAUACAUCUUACUUUUAAUAUCUUUGUGAUAAUGUUAAUAUUUGAGUGAAAAAUGCACAUUUUUUUUAUAACUGUGUUUUUUAUCGUAACUGUAUUUGAUGUAAAAGCACUGGAGAAUUUCAAGGAAAGAUGUGAAAUCCCAAUUAUGCGUGGUCCGUGUCAAAAUUGGAUACAUAAAUGGUACUAUGAUUCUAUUUUACACCAGUGUAGGACUUACAUAAGUGGUAUUUGCAAAAGUGAAAAUAUAUUUGAUUCUGAGGCAGAAUGCCUGUAUUAUUGUGUUGGUGGUAAAAAUCGUAACAAUACAUACUUAGUCUCAGAACCUAUUGAACAAAAAUAUGAAUAUGGUUCAUCUACAUUAGCGCCAAUAGCACCAAGUGAUAGAGGUGCAGAACUUACAUUUUCUGAAUCGGGUUAUUAUACUGUAUUUAUGAUGGCUGAAAACAACGCAUUUAUACAGCUUGAUGGAAAUCGUAUUCCUACUUUCCAAUUAAGGCUAUGUCGAGAAAUAUCAUUCCAAUUUCGUACGCGUUUACCACAUGGAUUACUUGUUUAUCAUAGUGUUAAGGAUAGACCAACUGGUCUUCCUCCCUAUGCAUUAUAUGUAAUUGUAGAAAAAGGACAACUUAAAGUAGUUCAUGUUUAUGGUAAACAUUCAACCUCUGUUAUAGUCGGAGAAGGAUUAAAUCAUGAUAUUUGGCAUACUGUUACUGUACGCAUAGAUGUACAUGGCGCUAGACUUAUAGCAAAAGUAGAUAAUAUAAGUGCCGAAAAAAUAAUACAAGGAUUACAUAAGUCUAGUAACUAUGGCAUAUCUACAGACUUAACAUCUGUAGUUUUAAUUGGUGGUUUGAGUCCUGAGGAAAAAUUACACGGUGUCAAGUAUAUUAUUGAAUCAUUUGUUGGCUGCAUAAAAGAAAUGGUUUUGAGUGCUGGAAAAGCUGCUUCGGAUUUAUUACCCAUCAAACCGUUAAUUGCUACAAAGCAUGACAAUGUACAAGAGGGUUGUAUAGAUAAAUGUAAAACCGAAGACAAUAUUUGUUUUCAAGGUAGUCUGUGUAUUAAUCAUUAUAAUCAAUUGUCUUGUGAUUGUUUUGGAACUCUUUAUGAAGGCGAAUACUGUGAUAUUUAUGUUUCUACUGUAUUAACUUUACGAGGUUCUUCCUAUGUAUCUUAUCGUGUUUAUGACUGGAAAGAUAGAGUUCAUUCAAGCAUGAAUCGUAUAAGUUUUAUGUUCAAGACUAGAUUUGAUGAUUCUGCUUUGUUUUAUGCAAGUGGAGAAUCUCAUAAACAUCACCACAUUGCAAUAUCAAUUUAUAAUGGAUCAGUUGUUGUUGAAGUUGAACUUGGUGAUGGAGAGCCUAUAUUUGCAACUGUAGGUAAUAACACAAACUCAAACCAAUGGCAUAACUUAACAAUAUUACAUAGAGAAAAUAUGAUCGAUAUUAUGUUUAAUGGAGAAACUAAAAAUUAUAUUUUGGCUGGAACACGAAAUUAUUUAUACAUAGAUCCUGAAAUAUAUUUUGGUGGUGGACCUACACUUUCUAAUAAACCUGGUUUGAAAUCGCAUAAUAACUUUGUAGGUUCUUUAAAAUAUGUUUUCUUUAAUGACAUAUCAAUAUUAUAUGAAUUAAAAAGAGGAAAUCCAAAAGUGCAUUACAUUGGAUUUUUAUCGCCAGAAUUCACAGAAACUGAAGUUGACAUGAUUCCUAUAACAUUACCAUUUCCAUCUUCACAUAUUUUAUGGCCAGUAGCAUCAGUUAACCAUAUAAGUUUAAUGUUUGAUUUUAAAAGUCAUAAGCAUAUGGCUAUUUUAGUGUCAUCGCCUGUGACAACAUCCACUCAGAAUUCUUCAGGAUUCUGGGAAUUACGGAUGGUAAACAAUGAAAUACGUUUCGAACUCACACCAUCAUCUAGUAAAAAUGUCACACAAUUAACAACUGUUAAAUAUGAUUUAAACAUUGAAGGAUCUUGGCAUAAAAUUUGUUUAAAUUAUACUAAAGGAUUACUCACAUUAAAUGUAGAUGAUAAAAAUAAGACAACUUUUUUAAAUGGUAUUCAACAUUUUUUGGCUGAACAGACUAUAACUAUUGGUAGUGGAAUUGGAGGCAAAGGAAGUUUUGGCCUUGUUGGUUGCAUACGAGAAAUUUGGUUAGAUGGUAUAUUUUUAGAAUCUAGACAUAUGGUUAGAACUAAUAGGACAACUGGCCAAGUUUCUAUUGAUAAUUGUCAAUUAGUAGAUCCAUGUAAGAGGCCAAAUGCUUGUGAACAUGAUGGUAAAUGUUCUGUCGUUGAUGAUAAUGUAAUAUGUGACUGUAAAGGAACAGGAUAUAUUGGAAAAAAUUGCCAUUUCGCACAGUUUCGUAAGACAUGCGAAGAACUUGCUCUUUUAGGUUAUACUAAGCCUGAUGUAUAUCUCAUUGAUAUUGAUGGAAAUGGAAAAUUUCCCCCAGCUCAUGUUAAAUGUGAAUUUGGGGCUCAAGGAGAUUCAAAAACCAUUGUUGAACACAAUUUACCCAGUCAGAUUGAUGUUAGAAGUGCAGCAGAAUCAGAUUUUAGCUUUACUAUAACCUAUAGAGAUUUUCCUCCAGAGAUGUUGAAGGAGCUUAUAUCACAUUCCUUACAUUGUAGCCAGUAUAUAAAAUAUGAUUGUUAUAAAGCUCCAUUAGAUCUCCAUUCUGCUACAUGGUUUACUUCCGCUGCUCAAGAAGAACUCAUUAAUUUUAUUGGCUAUGCUAAAAGAGGAUCUUGCCCAUGUUCAAUGAACAAGACAUGUUCAAAUCGUACUCAUUCAUGUAAUUGUGAUUUUCCUGAUGCAAAAUGGCAUUCAGACGAAGGACAUUAUUUAACUUCUAAAUAUGGAGGAUUAGGAAUUACAAAAAUGGUAUUUUUACAACAAGAACAUUUACAGCUUGAUGCUUUAGGACGUAUUACAUUAGGGCCACUUGAAUGUGUUGAAACAAACACUCAAAAGUAUGUCGUAACAUUUACAACUAGUCAAUCUUAUAUAGAAGUUCCGGGUUGGAGAAAAGGAGACAUAGCAUUCAGUUUUAGGACUACUGGUGAAAAAGCAAUUUUACUUUAUCAACCACCGAUUCGAAGACAACACCCUUCUUUUAUGGUCGCUCUCACGAGUGAUUUUAAAUUAACUUUUAAUUUUACAUUAAAUUCUGGAAAAUCAAGAGACAUGGAAGUAAAAUCUAGACGGCGUUUAAAUAAUGGCGAAUGGCAAAAAAUUUGGAUUGAUUAUAACUCUCAUCAUGUACGCUUUAUGAUUAAUACAGAUUAUGAAAUGAUCGAUUUAUUACCAAAUGAAAAAUUUGGUCCUUUUGAAGGAAGUAUGUAUAUUGGAGGUGCUACAGAAGACCUACUUCAAGUUACAACUGUAAGUCAAGGUUUGAUAGGAUGUUUUCGAGGACUGGUAGUGAAUGGUGAAAUUUUAGAUAUAUAUUCAUAUAUGAGUGUUCAUUUAUCAGAAAUUAUAAAAGAAUGUAAACCAUCCUGUGCUCCAAAUCCAUGUAAAAAUGGAGCGAAAUGCAAAGAAUUGUGGAGUACAUUUCAAUGUGUUUGUGAAAACCCUUGGGCCUAUAGUGGGAUAUAUUGUGAAAAUAAUAUCAAUACACAAGGUUUAACAUUUAUUACAAGAGAGUCAUAUUUUAAACGGAAUUAUUUUAUCAAUAAUAUAACAGAAUUAAGUCAAGAGUCUUAUUAUAAACUUUUGACUAAAGAUAUUUUAAUGAAUUUAAGAACAUAUGAUGAAAACUCUUUAAUAUUACACGCAAAUGAUCAUUUAAACAAUUUUGUGCAACUUUUUAUUAUGAAUGGAAAUUCUGUGGUAUUUGUGUUUAAUCAUUCUCAUAAAAUUUACAACAUAACUGUAAAAUAUCCAGGUUUAAAUCGAGGAAAAUCUAUUCAACUAGCUUUGGUGAGAACAGAAAAUGUUACUAUGUUAUAUGUCAAUGAAAUAAAUAGUUCUGUUCCAGUUGGAUAUAGUCUAUUGAUUAAUUAUACUAGCAAACCAUGGAUAAAUCCUGAACUGGAGGUUUUAUCACCUCAAAGACCACCUGCUCCUCCUACAGAAUACUUUCAAGUAAAUAUUGGUGGAUUUGAUCCAGAAAAUUUAAUUAGUAGUAAAAAAGAAUCUGUCCGAUUGUCUGGAUAUGUUGGUUGUGUACGAGGAUUAAAAAUAGAUGAUUUUGUAGUCAGUUUCAGUAGUCUUGGCUUAGCAAAUUCUUCAUUUAAUACUUCUAAAGAAAAAGAACUUAGAGGCAUAAUAUCUGGCUGUAACAUGAAAUGUGACGAGCAACAGCCUUGUAAAAAUAAAGGAAUUUGUAUUGAAAAUUUUGAAAAAGGAGGUAGUUCAUGUGAUUGUGAACAUACAUCUUAUUAUGGAGAUUUUUGUGGUUUGGAUAAAGGAGCAGAUUUUAGUGGUGUCUCGGUUUUACGUAGAAAAUUUCUUCUUGAAGGACCAGUUACGCAAGUAAAGUUAAAUCUAGCUUUCUCAAGUAGUGACAAGAGACAACGAAGCACAGUUUUAUUGCUUAUCCAAACAGAGAACAAGAGAAGUUACUAUCUUAUAGUUGCAUUAAACGAAAAAGGUGAAAUGAUAUUUGAAGAGGAUCGUGAGGGAACAGGAGGAGCAUUUGGUGCACAUAUUAAAGAUAGAAACUUUUUAAAUGGAGCACGACAUUCGGUUUACUAUAAACGUACUGAAUCUAGCUCAAUACUUAUGGUCGAUAGAGAUCCUAUAGAACUAAAAAAGAUUCCAGUUUUAAGUUUAACUGAUACAUUAACAGAUAUCACGGCUGGAGAUAAUGAAGUACAAAUUGGUGGACUUAAUACGACUGACCCACGAUUUGCUUCUUAUACAAGUUAUAGUGGAUGCAUUUCAAAUGUAUUUUUGGAAGUAAAUUAUAAUGCAAUGAGACCUUUGGAUGAAUAUAUGCUAUUUACAAAAACUGGUAGUGAAAAAGUAAAUGUAACAAAUUCUCAAGGAGUUCGCAGUGCUCAGUGUGCUUCUUUUGAUGAUAUACACAAACCUAGACCUGGACCUUCACUUAACAUAAGCUAUGGAGUUGAUCAGACUUGGGUCUUGGAUCCUCCAGCUCGAAUGCCUUAUGAUUCUAAAUAUGCAAAAGUGUUUACACAACAAGAUAAUACAUUUAAUGUUGUUGCAAUGGUAAUGGCCAGUAUCCUAUCGUUAGUCAUAAUAUCUGUGUCAUAUCAUGCAUAUCAUACUAAUGUUAAAUGGAAGAAACGACGAGAUGAAGAAAUUAAUGCUGAAAUAGCACGAAAUAAACGGCAGUCAAUUCAAAUGCAAGAGGGAUACAAACUUGUUAAAGAAGAUAAGCUUCAACUUAAUGGAAUAAAUAUGGAAAUGAAAUCAUUAUGUAAACAGCCAUCGCCUAUUGUUCGAUUCUAUACUCCUUCAGAUGAAGAUAAUGAAGGUUUAAAAGGAAAAGAAUUACGAAUUGAGCCUAGAUUAAAACAUUCAGCUAUACGAGGUUAUUUAAACAAAAUAGACAAAACUUGGGAGCCUAUUGAAGAAACAUCUGAAAUAUUAGAAGAAAUUACUGAAGAUAAACAAUAAUGUCAAUUAAUCUUCCUAAUCACCAUAAAAAAAAUGAAUUUAUAUCUUCAAAUUUGUGUUGUACAUUUUAUGAAGAUAGGUAUGUAUUUUGAUGAAAAAUAGUAAUUUCAUGUUUGUCAACCUUUAAUCUUAGUACCUAUUUUACAUUUUUGUAUUAUGUGUAAGUACCUAUGUACUAAAGUUAAUGCCUCAUUAUUUGAAUAAAAUAUAUAGACUUAAGAGUUAUCUGUUUAUUAUUUAA